GGUUCAGACCGGAGCUCCGUGUAUUGGACCGAUCAUGGCCGCCUCUUCCCGCCCGAGGAGGUGUCUCUGAGGCGGCGGAGACCCGAGGCGGAGCCCCCUCUCCGGCCAUGGACGAGCAGGCGGGCCCCGGGCUCCUCUCCGGCGGCAGCAGCCCGGGUCCUGCCCCCGGUGCCGGAGCUCCGCAGCCCGGGGACGAGGCGGGAGAAGUGGCCCGAGCUCCUCACUGCGUCCCGGGGCUUCUGCUCUUCCUCCAGCAGGAGUGGGCCUGCGUGGAGCUGCAGCGGAACCAGAGGGACGUGGAGCGGGCCGAGCUGCAGGCGCAGAUCGCCUUCCUGCAGGGAGAGAGGCGUGGCCAGGAGAACCUGAAGAGAGACCUGGUGAGACGCAUCAAGAUGCUGGAGUUCGCCCUGAGCCAGGAGCGGGCUAAACACCAUAAAGUGAAAUAUGGAACAGAACUGACCCAGGGGGAGAUCAAAGCUCCGAGUUACGACUCAGAUGAGGGGAACGAGAGUGAAGCGCCCAGUUCUCCAAACAGCAGCCAUCAGCUCAGCUGGAAACAAGGACGCCAGCUGCUCAGACAGUACCUGCAGGAGGUGGGCUACACGGACACGGUCCUGGAGGUGAAGUCUCAGCGGGUGAGAGCGCUGCUCGGUCUGACCCGAGACGCCACAGAGAAGGAACCCGGACUCGUGGUCAACGGCACGGAAGCGUCUUCACUGAAGGACGAGGACAUGGUCAGUAAACCCGACAUGUCGGACGCCGUGUUGGAGGCGUUCAGGUUCAUAGAGAGCGCCGCGGCAGAGUUCAGUGACGAGGACGAGGACGAGGACAGUGAAGGGAGACACAAAACCACCCUGGACCUGGCUGCAAUAGUGAAGAAGAAACCGUCGUCAACGCCGUCUUCCACGACCUCUGACCUCAGCGAGGACCGUGACACCGAGGAGGCGCUGAAGGGGUUCGACUUCCUGGCCGGUCCCGACGAGCUGGACGGGUCGGCUGAGUCCAGGUGUGGCGAGGACAGCGGCGAGUGGGAGAAGGAGGCGUGUCCUCCUGGUGACCUCUCCUGGGAGGUGGACCAGGCUCUGAUAGCUCAGCUGAAGGAGCAGUACAAGAAGGAGCGGAAGGGGAAGAAAGGAAUAAAGAGACCGAACCGGUCCAAGCUGCAGGACAUGCUGGCGACCCUGCGUGACGCCGAGGAGCUUCCCUCGCUGCCUCCUCCUGCGACGCCUCCUUCCCGGCCCAGUGUUCCCAGACUGACCAGUGAGCAGGAGGCGGGACGCCCCCCCGACGACGAGACGAUGAGCUACCUGCCGUCGCCAGGGAAACCGCUGGUCCUGGGCCGAGUGGACCAGGCCGUGUCCAACGAGCUGGGACUGGGAGAACUGGCCGGACUGACGGUCGCCAACGAGGCCGAACCCCUGGCGUGCGACAUCUCCAGCAGCCACGACGCCCUGAGGAGAACCUGGAACCCCAGGUUCACGCUGCGCAGCCACUUUGACUCGGUGCGCGGGCUGGCCUUCCACCCGCUGGAGCCCGUCCUGGUCACCGCCUCCGACGACCACACCAUCAAACUGUGGAACCUCCAGAAGACGGCGCCCGCCAAGAAAUGUGCAGCUUUAGAUGUGGAGCCCAUCUACACGUUCAGAGCCCACAGCGGCGCCGUCCUGUGCGUCACCGUGAGCGCCAGCGGAGACCAGUGCUUCAGCGGGGGGGUGGACGGCAGCGUUCAGAGCUGGAACAUGCCCGACCCCAGCACCGACCCCUACGACUCGUACGAGUCCUCCGUCCUGCGGGGGGCGCUGCGUGGUCACACGGACGCUGUGUGGGGCGUGGCCUACAGCGCGGCUCACCAGCGCCUCCUCUCCUGCUCGGCCGACGGGACGCUGCGGCUCUGGAACGCCGCCGACACCUCGCCGUCUCUCGCCGUUUUCAAUGAGCAAGGAGAGCUGGGUGUCCCCACCUCCGUGGCCCUGGUGAGUAGCUCCUCCCACAUGGUGGCGUCCUUCAGCUCAGGACACAUCGGUGUCUUCAACCUGGAGACGCAGCAGCUCGUCCUGAGGCUGGACUCGGCCGGAGCGCCAGAGGCUCCGUGCAAGAUCAACAAAGUGCUGAGUCAUCCCACGCUGCCCGUCACCAUCACGGCGCAGGAGGACCGCCACAUCCAGUUCUUUGAUAACAACACAGGGAAACUGAUCCACUCGAUGGUCGCUCACCUGGACGCUGUGACAUCACUCGCUGUGGAUCCCAACGGCCUGUACCUCAUGUCUGGAAGUCACGAUUGUUCUAUCCGUCUGUGGAACAUGGAAAGUAAAACCUGUAUCCAGGAGUUCACCGCUCACCGUAAGAAGUUUGACGAGUCGAUCCACGACGUGGCGUUCCAUCCGACCAUGUGCUACAUCGGCAGCGCCGGUGCCGACGCGCUCGCCAAAGUUUUUGUAUGAUCCGAGACGGACCGGAGCUCGGUGGACAGUGUCAUGGAAGAAGGGUGGAGUCUCUGGUCAGA